AUGACUCAACCAAAUCCAGACGCACAAACUAUUAAAUUGGUUGUAGUAGGCGACGGUGCUGUCGGAAAGACAUGCCUUUUGAUAUGUUAUACCACAAACGAAUUUCCAAAGGAAUACGUCCCAACUGUAUUUGACAACUACAUUGCUCCGAUGACUGUCGACGGAAAGGCUAUCAACUUGGGGUUAUGGGAUACUGCAGGACAAGAAGAUUACGAGCAGUUGCGCCCCCUAUCAUACCCUAACACCGAUUUGUUCCUCCUCUGCUUCUCUGUCAUCUCCCGAACUUCUUAUAAAAACGUUGUCUCGAAGUGGUUACCCGAAAUCCGACACUACGAACCAAAGUGCAGGAUGAUGGUCGUGGGGACAAAAACAGAUUGCCGAACGGACGAAGGAAUGCUCAGAAAACUCGCAGAAGAAAACCAGAAGCCUAUCACUACAGAAGAAGGUGAGAAACUCGCUAAGGAAAUCAAGGCGACAUGUUACAUGGAAUGCUCCGCUCUCACUAGAUCAGGCCUUAAUCAAGUCUUCGACGAGGCAAUCCAUGUCAUCCUUAACAAAAGUCAACCGAAAAAAGGGUCGAGUGGUAAAUGCUCCUUGUUUUGA